AUGAGAGCGAUUUUGGCGUCUACAAGUGCAAAUAAUGUUAAACGCGGCAUUUUUUCUUUUGACAAAUCCCUACUUUCUAAACAUCGAAUUUGGUUAAUUGGUAUUGGAACUGGAAUUGGAGUGGGAAUUGGGGCUUAUUAUUUAUGGAAAAAGACUAGAGGGGGACGGACGCGUAAUGCUUUUCUUGUAUGGGCAGAACAAAAGAAAGCGCAAGGAAUUGAUGUUUACAAAGACAAACGAUACCAAGAAGCCAUACAAAUUUUUAAUGACAUAAUUCAAUCACUUUAUGACGAGCCAUCUAAAUUGAUAGGUCAGGUAUAUGAUGAAUUGAUGGCAGCAUGUGAAAAUAAUAUUGCGGCUUGUUAUGAUGCUUUGCUUGAUUCAAUUAAAUGCAUUGAACAUUGCACCAAAGCUAUUCAAUUAAAGCCUGAUUAUGCAAAGGCGCUUGUUCGUAGGGCAAGAUGUUUACAUCGUUUGGAAAGACCUUUGGAGGCACUUGAAGACUAUUUGGUUUCGCUUUCAUUGGAGCAAGGCUCUAUGCCUUCGCAACAAAUUGCGGUCAUUCAAAAUGACGUUGACAAACUUAUGAAUGAGAUUAGCGAGGUUGAAUGCAAUAAACUUUUAGAGGUAAUUUUUAUUUCUUUUAUUUUUACCGAAAUUUCAGUACAGAAUCGUGUAGGACAGCGACAGAAAAUUUCUCAAUCAGUUGUUGAACCUUGGCAGUUUUGCACUUCGAUUCAUGACCCGUUGUUGUUGAGGGCUGCUGGACUUCAUGAAAAAGCUAGCGAAGGAAGUUUGGAUGCUGCUUUGGUUGAAUUAAAACGUUGUAAUUACAACGAAAUUGUUUCGUUGUCGACAAAGGCCAUUGAAAACGACCAAAAUGAUAAUAUUGAAAAAGCACAAGCUGUACUUUUGGCUGCUCGUUUUCUUCAUUAUCAUGGGUUGGAGGAGGAAGCUGUGGCUAUGGCAGACAAAUUUAAGACUUUUUGGGAACAAUUAGAAAUUGGCAAACAAAGAUUUGAAUGUUGCUCAAAUUGUGCUUGA